CGCGGAGCCGGCUGCCGUGCAGGAGGUGUGGGGGCUUAGCCAGCCCUGCCGAGAGUGAGCCAAGGCCUGGGUUUCCUCUGGACGUCUGCCCCACCUGCUUCUGGAAUUGGGCGCUAUGCAUCCUGACCUUGGACCCUUACCAAUACUGCUAUAUGUUACUCUUGCAAUUCUGUGUUCUUCUGUCAGUUCAGACCUGGCACCUUAUUUCCUUUCUGAGCCGCUCUCUGCUGUCCAGAAGCUUGGCAGACCUGUCGUACUACACUGUUCUGCUAAACCCGUGACUGCUCACAUCUCAUGGCUACAUAAUGGGAGAAGAGUGGAUAGAAACAUGGAAUACAUUAAUAUCCAUCGGGGGACUUUGACCAUUCUUUCUCUUAGCCCCUCCCUCUCGGGCUACUACCAGUGUAUCGCCAACACUAGCGCCGGGGCAAUUGUGAGCAGCCCUGCAACUGUGUCCACUGCAGUUCUUGGUGAUUUUGAUUCAUCAGCAAAGCCUGCUAUUAGAGCAGAAGAAAGAAGCACAGGUUUCAUUGGCUGCCAGGUGCCAGAGAGUAACCCCAAAGCUGAGGUACGCUAUAAGAUCCGGGGAAAAUGGCUGAAACAUUCCACAGGAAACUACAUCAUUCUUCCAUCAGGAAAUCUUCAGAUUUUGAAUGUCUCCUCAGAGGACCAGGGACCCUACAAGUGUGCUGCUUAUAACCCUGUCACUCAUGAAUUAAAAGUUGAACCCAUUGGCCAAAAGCUCCUUGUGAGUCACCCUUCCUCAGACGGUUUCCAGAUUCUUCACCCCGCCUUUCCACAGACAUUAGCUGUUCUUUCUCAUAGCCCUGUAACCCUGGAGUGUGUGGUGAGCGGGGUCCCGGCUUCGCAAGUGUCCUGGCUGAAGGAUGGGGAGAAUGUUAUGCUGGGAAGUAACUGGAGAAGGUUACAUUCUCAUCUUGCCACAGCUAGCAUCGACCCAGCAGACUCUGGGAACUAUUCCUGUGUGGUAGGCAGCAAGUCUGGAGACAGAAAACAUGUCACUUACAUGGUUAAUGUUCUCGAAAAUGCUUCCAUUUCUAAAGGACUACAGGACCAGAAGGUGUCUAUGGGUGCCACGGUGCAUUUCACCUGCGAUGUUCACGGGAACCCAGCCCCCAACCGCACCUGGUUUCACAACGCACAGCCUGUUCACCCUUCCCCCCGGCACCUGAGUUCAGGAAAUGGGUUGACAAUCACUAGAGUCAGCAUGGAAGAUUCUGGACUCUAUCAGUGUGUAGCAGACAAUGGCAUUGGAUUUAUGCAAUCUACUGGAAGACUUCAGAUAGAAAAAGUUCCUUUUGAAACAAAUACAAAAGCAGCAACAGUUGAACCUUCUGAAGCUUCCCAAAAUGAUGAAAGAGACCAAAGAGAUGGCUCUGAUUCUGCCUUCCUGAGCUCAUUUCCAGGGAACAUCCAUUCCAGUGCAGUGGGGUCAUCAGAGAAAAAUGCCACUGGCGCUUCUGUUCCUGAUGCUCCCAUCAUACUGAGCCCCCCACAGACCCACACACCAGACACAUACAAUUUGGUGUGGAGGGCAGGGAAGGAUGGCGGACUCCCCAUCAAUGCCUAUUUUGUAAAGUACCGAAAGCUGGAGGAUGGUGCUGGUGCAGUGGGAAGCUGGCACACAGUUCGGGUCCCAGGUAGUGAAAAUGAGCUGCAUCUAACAGAACUGGAGCCAUCGAGUCUUUAUGAAGUGUUGAUGGUGGCAAGAAGUGCAGCAGGUGAAGGACAGCCCGCCAUGCUUACUUUCCGGACCAGCAAAGAAAAAACACCAUCAGUAAAAAACACCCAGGCCUCCUCUCCACCCAUGGGCAUCCCUAAACAUCCUGUCAUUUCAGAGGUUGCAAACAACAAUUUUGGAGUGGUUCUUACCGAUUCCUCUAGGCACAGUGGAGUUCCAGAGGCACCAGAUCGACCCACAAUCUCCACUGCCUCUGAGACCUCAGUCUAUGUCACUUGGAUUCCCCGGGCAAAUGGUGGUUCUCCAAUCACCGCCUUCAAGGUCGAAUAUAAACGGAUGAGGACCAGCGAUUGGCUGGUGGCAGCUGAAGAUAUCCCUCCUUCCAAGCUCUCUGUGGAAGUUCGUAGUUUAGAACCAGGUUCAACAUACAAAUUUAGGGUCAUUGCUAUCAACCAUUACGGUGAGAGUUUUCGGAGUUCAGCAUCCCGGCCUUACCAGGUGGCUGGCUUCCCCAAUCGUUUUUCCAACCGUCCCAUAACUGGACCGCACAUUGCAUACACAGAGGCUGUCAGUGAUACCCAGAUCAUGCUGAAAUGGACGUACAUUCCAUCAAGUAACAACAACACUCCCAUUCAAGGAUUUUAUAUCUACUACCGACCAACGGACAGUGACAAUGACAGUGACUACAAGAGGGAUGUGGUUGAAGGUUCAAAGCAGUGGCACAUGAUUGGUCAUCUGCAGCCAGAAACUUCUUAUGAUAUCAAAAUGCAGUGCUUUAAUGAAGGUGGAGAGAGUGAGUUCAGCAACGUGAUGAUCUGUGAGACAAAAGUGAAACGUGUUCCUGGAGCUUCUGAGUAUCCUGUGAAGGACUUGAGUACCCCUCCCAAUUCCUCUGGAAGCGGAGGAAAUAUUGGGCCUGCAACCAACCCUGCCCGAAGCAGUGACAUGUUGUACCUGAUUGUUGGCUGUGUGCUGGGCGUCAUGGUUCUCAUUCUCAUGGUCUUCAUUGCAAUGUGCUUGUGGAAGAGUCGCCAACAGAACGCCAUACAGAAAUAUGACCCACCAGGAUAUCUCUACCAAGGGUCAGAUAUCAAUGGACAGAUGGUGGAAUAUACCACUCUCUCACCCACAAAUCGGAUCAAUGGGAAUGUCCAUGGAGGCUUCCUAGGCAAUGGCAACCUCAGUAAUGGCUGCUCCCAUCUCCACCACAAGGUCCCUAAUGGAGUCAAUGGAAUCCUGAAUGGGAAUUUAAAUGGAGGGCUUUAUUCUGCACACACAAACUCGCUAACGAGAACGCACAUGGAGUUUGAACAUUCUCAUCAUCUAGUGAAUGGUGGAGGAGUGUACACAGCAGUCCCUCAGAUUGACCCUCUGGAAUGUGUUAACUGUCGAAAUUGUCGAAACAACAAUAGGUGUUUUACCAAAGCCAGCAGCACGUUGAGCAACAGUGCCCUCUCUGUGGUCCCCGUGGGAGCCCCUUACCCUCAAGACAGCCUGGAAAUGAAGCCCCUCCGAGCCAUGAAGAUGCCUGUGUGUCUGGCUUCCACUGUCUCUGACUGUGGCCAGUUUCCUGAGGAGAGCUUCAAGGACAGUGUGGUACUAACACCUACCCAACACUCCUGCUGUCAGGACAACACAAAUGAUGUCAACUCUGAGUCCACAGAAGAUGACCCAGCAGAGUUUAACAGAGGAGACAACUAUCUCCAUUCAGAAACAGAAAACAAAACUUUAAAUUGGAACCCUCUCAUUUUGUCACCUGUCUCAGAAGACUGUACUGAGAAGACAACAUGGUCUCCUUCUGGCAUUCCUUUAGACAGCCCAUCAGGGGUCCUUCAGCAACCCCAGGAAACCUGAGGAUGAUCAUGCUCCCACUGCAAGCUAGUAACUGCACACACCGGCCCGGGGAUGGACAGUAUGAAGGCCAUGCAUUCAAAUCAGAGAAAAGCAUUAUUUAUUUUUUUGUAGUUGUAAUGUCAUGAAUGUAUCUUAAAAUGUGUGCCCUUUUAUAUUAUUUAUGCUGUAGAAGUUUCCUCCUCCAUUUCUUCCUUUCCUUUCAAUAGGAAAUGGCCUCAUAUUUCCUAGUUUUCAAGCAUUUGGAGAAUGAGGGGUCAUUCUGUGAUAGUAAGAACUCAUGUCGUGGGGUCCAGUGUUGCUGACCAAUUCAGUAAGAAGGGAAUUGCCCAGUCCAUUUGAAGUUUGCCACUAGCCAUAUUUCCAGAUAGAAAGCUGUCAUUUGAUAUUGUGUUAUCAGACAUUCUAAGAAUGUUUUGAAACCAACCACAAGUGUGACCUAAUGUUUAUAAUAGCAGGAUUGGCUGAUGAAUUGUAUGAGUGCCUUUCACCACAGUGCUAAUAAGACCUGCUGACUCACUUUCUGUCUGCACGUGAGCACAAGUAAUGUUCAAUCUCAAGGCACUAAUUACUAAGCGGUAUUAUGAAGCAGGAAGAGUGCAAGGUCUGGUUGGAUUAUUGCCCUAUGCAGAAAGGAAACCAAGGCCAGAGAGAAAAAAAAAAUCAGUGCUUUAAUGUCCCACUGCUUUUCAAAAUACAUGCUUGAAACUAACAUUAGUUUCCUAGCUAUCACAAGAGAGUGUAUGAAUCAACUUGCUAUAUAACUAACUGCAUCCAUCUUCCCCAACAUAGGUCUAUAUCUCUUACAUAUAGAACUGUUAGUGAAAAUGUAUUGUCUCAGCUGGGCCACUAUGCAAGGGUUACUUCCAGGGGAAUGUAGUAGAUGAUUGCCUAGUUGAGUGUUAGGCUGGUGUAGAAGUUGGUGUAGCUGCUAGUACCGAUCGCAUAGAAGAUUGAUCUUCCAUGUUGCUUUACUGCAGUUUGCCUUGUUUUGGAGGGAGUAAUCUGCAACCCUUUGCUCUGUGACUAGCACAGGACAAAAGCCUAGUACACAGAAUACGAAAACCUACCCUGUGUGUCUUGCCAAUUAAGUUAGAGUGAUACUUUUAGAAAAUUUGGGGGAGUCCCGUGUUCAGGUGGUCAUUCUGACUCACAAAACGGAAGUAUGGUCAUCGAAAGCCAUAGGUCAGAAACUGCUUUUAAAGAAUGAGGUUGUAUAUGGGACACUGUCCACAGGAAGAGAAAAAUUAUCUUUUAGGCAAUCUCAUUGUGGACUGCUUUAUUUAUAUUAUUAGUAACGCUGUUUUAAGUGUUAUCCCUUUUAUUGUAUUUUAUUUAUAAAAAUGCCUUUAUAUAUUGAGAUAUAUGAAUAUAAAUAUAAAUAUAUAAUUGCCUUUAUGUUUAGGAGUUACGAGUUCUCUCUUAGUAUGAGUUGCUCUGAACUUUCAUGCCCUGCACAGUUACCAGACACAGCCCUACCUAACGUUGAUUCCCCCAGGAGAUGAGAGGCCAUAGGACAAUGUGGGGAACAGUGGAAACAUUUGCAGAGGAACUACUGUGGUCAGUGCUCAUUACUGAUAUCUCACGCAAUCAUCACAACAAAUCUACAAAAUAGUUGCGGAAUUCCCAGGUCAUGCGAUGAGCCACAGAGACUUCACUUGAAACCUGGUUUAUCUGGAGUCGCCUCCCAUUUUUCCAUACCACUUUCCAGAAGCGUGUGGUUUACUCUUUUGACAGAAGCAGUCCCAUUACGUGUGCUGCUGUCUGCCCCAGCUGUGGAAUUUCCCCAAGGCUCUAACUGCAGCCAGGGAAAGGCACCUUCUGGCCUACCAGGGAAGAGCUCUUUGCCUGGUAUUUAGUCUUCAGGAAUCUAUGGUUCAAACUUUGAAACCCCUCCUCUCCCCACCCCACAUUGGAGAAUUUGAUUUUCCCAGCUCAGUGAUGGCAAAAUCAGUUAGAGCUUCUUCACGCGCCUCUUACCCUAGAGUCCCAUGGAUUCCUUAUUGUACCUAAUCUAAUCCCU